AUGUCUAUUGAUAUAAAAGAACAAGUGAUCAGGGAGAUAAAGGAUGCUGGCUUAUUUGCUCUGCAAUUAGAUGAGUCCACUGAUGUUUCAUCUUAUUCCCUUCAUCUUAUUCCCAACUUGUAUUUACUAGAUACGUUCAUGAGGGAAAAUUUAGAGAAAUUUCUUUUCUGUCAGCCACUUGAAACUACCACCAAAGGUGAAGAUAUAAUGAAAGAGGCACUUGCAUCUAGAACCCUCCCUAGGGAACUCCAAGCCAUCUUAGACAACGCUGUAAAGAGAGUCAAUUAUGUAAGAUCUAUGCCCGUGAACACUCGUCUUUUCAAACAGUUGUGCAAAGAUUUAGAUUCCGAGCAUCAACUUCUGCUUUUCUACACUAAAGUUCGAUGGCUAUCCAAGGGCAAUGUACUGAACAGAGUUUUUGAACUUACAGAAGAGCUAAAGAUGUUUUUGGAUAUGCAAGAUAAGGAGCCUAUUUUUUUCAAUGAUCCACUUUGGGAACCACGUUUAGCCUAUUUAGCUGACAUGUUUGACCAGCUCAACAAACUUAAUCUAAAGCUUCAGGGUAAGGACACAACAGGAAUUCCCUUUGUUGACACUGCGUGCUAUUGUUGCCAAGAUAAAGAACUGGUCUAG